UUGAGUCUCGGCUUUAAAUUUUAAAUACGAUGUAAAUGCCAAGAACUAGCAUCAUAUGGAAAUAUUCACGUAUCAAUUUGAAUUAUAUAUUGCGAUCCUUUGGCAACAUGAUUGACAGGAUUUUGAAAUUAUAUUGUUCGCAUCUUUUACAUGGCGACACAUUUUUAAAAAAGAUGAAGAUAUCGCGCAAAUAUUUUAAAUAUGUGCAAACGUGCGGCGCUUGUUGUUUGUUAUGUUCGAGUGUCGCUUGCCAACGCGUUUCGUGAAAUGAAAUAAUCGAUAAAGACACGCGUAUGUGCACGGCGCAAAAAGACACAAAAUGAUCUUGUCAAGGUCCAAACCAGCUUCAUCCGAGGGUGUUCGUAAAUCAGCAUCACGUAAGGAAAUUCCAAAAUUGGAAGAUUUCCUAGAGAAACGAGAUUAUAUCGGAGCCUUGACAUUACUGGAAUUUGAUAAUAGUACCAGUAAUAGCUUGGAAACAGAUCUAUGGAUGGGAUACUGUGCAUUUCAUUUAGGUGAUUACAAGCGUGCAGCAACAAUCUAUGAAAACUUGAGGAAAAAUGAUUAUAUACCACCAGACGUCCUAACAAAUUUGGCAUGCUGUUAUUUUUAUUUGGGCAUGUAUCCUGAGUCACAAAAGAUCUUGGAAGAUGCAGCAGACAGCAAAUUGAGAACUAGACUGCUGUUUCACUUGGCCCACAAGAUGGGCAAUGAAUCAAAAUUAGUGGAAUACCAUCAAAUGUUACAGGAUGUUAUUGAGGAUCAACUCAGUCUAGCAUCUAUUCAUUAUUUACAAGCUCAUUAUCAAGAAGCUAUUGAUGUAUAUAAAAGAAUUUUGUUGGAUAAUAGGGAUUAUCUAGCCUUAAAUGUAUAUGUAGCUUUAUGCUAUUACAAGCUAGAUUACUACGAUGUAGCACAAGAAGUGCUUCAAGUCUACUUGCAAAAGUAUCCAGACAGUGCAAUCGCGAUUAAUUUGAAAGCGUGUAAUCAUUUUCGUUUGUACGAUGGAAAUGCUGCACAAGCCGAGAUGAAACAGCUUAUUGAAAAGAUAUCUAGUUCUUUUAGUUUUGGUCAUGAUCUUAUACGCCAUAACACAGUUGUAUUCAGAGGAGGUGAAAAUGCUUUGCAAAUUUUACCCAACUUGGUCGAUGUUAUACCAGAAGCUAGGCUUAAUUUAGUGAUAUAUUAUUUGAAACAAGACGAUGUCAAAGCAGCCUAUGAUUUGAUAAAAGAUUUGGAACCUGCUGUUCCACAAGAAUAUAUUUUAAAGGGUAUAGUUAAUGCUGUUAUGGGUCAAGAGACCAAUUCUCGCGACAGUAUAAAAACAGCGCAACAAUAUUUUCAACUAGUGGGUUCCUCGGCAUCGGAAUGCGACACUAUACCCGGCAGACAAUGCAUGGCCUCUUUCUUCUUCCUUUAUCGUCAAUUUGAGCGAGUUCGAUUAUAUCUGAAUUCUAUAAAGACGUACUUUUCCAAUCAGGACAAUUUUAACUUUAAUUACGCCCAAGCACAAACUGGAGCAGGUUACUUCAAAGAAGCAGAAGAAGCUUUCCUGAUGAUACGUACUGAAAAAUAUAAAAAUGAUUAUGUUUACAUUAGCCUUCUGUCAUAUUGUUAUAUAAUGAAUAAAAAAGCUGAACUAGCCUGGGAACUGUAUUUAAAGAUGGACACAUCUGCAGAAUCUUUCAAUCUACUCCAAUUGAUUGCUAAUGCGUGUUACAAGGUAGGUGAAUUCUGGUAUGCUGCCAAGGCAUUUGAUAUGCUGGAGCGCAUGGAUCCAAGUCCUGAACAUUGGGAAGGAAAACGCGGCGCAUGCUGCGGCACUUUUCAAUACAUCGUUGCGGAAAAAUUACCAAAAGAACUGUUGUCAGACGUGAUACAGCUUCUUAAAAAUACAUCCAAUUCCCAAGUGGAACAGAUAAUACGCGUUAUGCGCAAAUGGGGAAAGGAUAACAGAGUAAACUGUUAGCAUCAUUGAAGAUCACAUUAUUAUCAAUUCCGUCCAAAAAAAUUCAAUCUUUAUAAAAUAAUAAUGUUACAAAAGAUGUUUAUGU